UUACUGGGAUCCUCACCAACCCCGUGGGCUCCGCUGGAUUCCGGGGUUCUGGCCUCGGGGCUCGCCCGCUGGUCUCUCGUCCCCACGACGACUGUGUGGCCUGUUUAGAUUCUGGUACUGACACAAAUUCGAGUGUUGACACCGAGGUCCUCGAAACGUUUCACACGUCUUUGCCCCGGGACACGUUAUCAAUAGAGAACACGACUUCGCGGUCGCUGCAGGCCCCUCUUGCCCGAGCCGUGGAGACCUCAGCCCUACCCCUCGGCCUCUCCUGAGACUUACUUUUCCCCAAGAUGGGAAUAAAAGAGAUCAGAUGAUGACAGCAGUGUCCUCAAUAGCCAAGCCCCAGGUAGUAUCACCAACUUCCAAACCAGCCCACAUCUAUCAGCUGGAGCAAGGAAGAGAGCUGUGUUUCACCAGCCACAGGGAGCACUAAGCAGGAGGAGCAGGAGAGCUGGCUCAAAAGGCGUCUUGGCUCUGGAGAAAACUACGUGGCAAGAAGCGGUUGGUGAUGGCAUUCUGCCUCUUGAUGACUCUGUCUAUGGUGACUGUCACCCGCUUCCCCCCGCAGCAUCCAGCUACUGGCCCAGACUCUGGUCCCAUGAAGCUCCAGGAGAUCAUGGAAGCCCCUGGCCCCCACAAUCGGCAGGCUCUGAGCUCCAGCUGGAGGCAGCAAGCAAGAGACCUAGGGUUCUGGAAAGGCUGGGCCUUGCCCAGGAAUUCCAUCCCAAUGUGUGCUGAGGAGCAAGGCCACAGAGGGACAGUGGACAGAAGCAGGAAGUCCCUAGGAGGGGACAGUAGGCAUCCAGGGAGGGUCAGGAGGGACAUUACUUUGGCCUCUCUAGGAGAUUUGAGACUCAGUACUUCACGUCUUGUGCUCCUGAGGGAGGAUGAGGUCAGGAGUCCAGGAACCAAAGACUUGGGUCCUCCCUGGCAUGAUGAUCCUAUCGGAGAGGCACAGAAUGACACUGGCACCCUGGUUGGCCCCCUCACAGGACCUGACAUGACAGCUUUACAGGCUUGGAGAGCUGCUGCUGGACUAACUCUCCGGCCCCGCCCAGUGGAAGGCAGGAAUCUGCCAGGAGCUAGGAACAGAGCUGUGACUGGUAGGCCACAAGCAGGGCAUCCCACCCCAACUGCAGAGGCUCAUCGGUGGCCUGGCUCUGUUGGGGAGCUGCAAGGAUCUGUCUGGUGUGAUGCGGAGAGCCCUGGAAUGUUGACCAGCUUGAGGACCAGUGGGCAGUUUCCCCCAUGGUUCACAGAGCACGAUGUGCAAAUGUUCCAGCUAUUGGCCAAGGGAGAGGUGGUGGGCAAAACCAGGAUUCCUGGCCAUGGGCAGGUGCUGCAGGUUGCCUUCUCCAGUGAGGGUGCUCUUCAGAACAUGUCUUCUGGGCUCAGCCAUCUCUGCUCCCAGGGGCUCUGUGGCCUGAUCAAGAGGCCUGGGGACCUGCAUGAGGUCCUGUCCUUCCAUGUAGACCGUGUGCUGGGGCUGCGCCGGAGCCUGCCUGCUGUGGCCCGAAAGUUCCACAGUUCCCUGCUGCCCUACCGAUACACAGAUGGUAGCACAAGGCCUGUCAUCUGGUGGGCGCCUGAUGUGCAGCACCUGGGGGACCCAGAAGAGGACCAGAACUCUCUGUCCUUGGGCUGGCUGCAGUACCAGGCCUUGUUGGCACGUGGCUGCAGCUGGCCAAGCCAGGCCUCCUGCCUGGGCAUCCACUACACUGAGUGGGCACGCCUGGCGCUCUUCGACUUCCUGCUGCAGGUGCACGACCGCCUAGAUCGCUACUGCUGUGGUUUCGAGCCUGAGCCGUCAGACCCCUGCGUGGAAGAGAGGCUCCGAGAGAAAUGCCGGAACCCGGGUGAGCUGCGGCUGGUCCACAUCCUGGUCCGGAGCAGCGAUCCAUCCCAUCUGGUCUACAUCGAUAAUGCCGGCAACCUUCAGCAUCCUGAGGACAAGCUGAACUUCCGGCUGCUGGAGGGCCUCAAUGGGUUUCCUGAGUCUGUCGUGCAGGUUCUUGCAUCAGGGUGUCUACACAACAUGCUGCUCAAGUCCCUGCGGAUGGACCCCGUGUUCUGGGAAAGUCAAGGCGGGAGGCAGGGACUGAAGCAGGCUCUGCAGACCCUGGAGCGGCGAGGACAGGUGCUGCUGGAGCACAUUCGGAAGCACAACCUGACACUGUUCAAGGAUGAGGCCUCGUGAACUCCUCCACUGCCCAGGCAAGGCUCUCGCCCUGCUGGUGGGGUGCCUCCCAACACAACCUGACUGGAUGAGCAUUCAUCCUGGUGGCCACAUUCUCUGGGUUCCUCCAACCUGAAGACAAGCGGGGAAAGCCAGAAGAAACCAGAGGAUACCAUGGAUGUCCCAGGUGUCCCGCCUGCGUGGGAUGGUGAAGGUGGUUGUGGGUAUUGGGUUUUCAACCUUACCACCAUCUUUUCUGCCUUUUCAGCUCUGGCUAUUCACUCCCUUGCACCAAUAAAUAUAUUCAAGAAUGUUCUA